CUGCACGUCCAGACGCCGCUGCAAGCUGCACCUCGCCGUCGUCAACGAAGGAAGCAAGUGCUGCGCCAACGAGCAGCAGCCACCGCCGCCAACGAGCGAGCAUCAAUCUGCAACACACGCCAGCCGAGGGCUCCAUCGCCAACACUCGUCUCGCCGCCAAGCCGUUCAGCCUCAACACGAUGUUGAUCUUCCCUGCGGCUACGACUCUUGGUGAGUUUUGAGGUCUUGUGCUGUAUCCACAAGAGAAAAUAAUGUCUAUUAAUAUCUGGAUUCGCCACCGGCAGCCAGGUAGUAGCAGGAGAGCGCGGGGUGGAGUGAUAGAGUAGAAGACCAGUGGUGGCAUACAGAAAGAAAGACUAGUGAUAUUAGAGAAGGAUGGUAACGUGGAACCUUGAUCUUAUCGUGGGCCUAGCGAUGAACCCGACCUGACUCGACAAAAGCACCAAGUCGGCCAUAAUGUCCAUACGCGAAGCCGACUAGAUAGCCAGCCCAGCCCACCAGAUUGUUCUGGCCGAGACAAGUGAGCCCACACAACAGAUGGUGGCCCAUUCAAGAUUACGUUGGAUUGGUUUGGUCCCCUCGUUCGACGGCACAUUCCAGAGCCCGGUUUGCUCCCGACUCACCAUAGCCCAUAGCCAUAGGAGAAGAAAAGGAAGACCUACCCUUCUCCUUCCCCACCCCGGCGGCUCCAACUCGAUUCUUCACCUCGCGCCCUCUUCAGCUAUUUCCGUGUUUCGGAUGAUUUCGAAUCGAAAACGAGAGCGCGCGACAGGGCGGGACAGAUAGAUCUAGAGGAGGAACAAGCACACAAACACUCCCGCACACAGAGACGGGCGGGCAAACUGAGUUCGGCCAGCUGCGGCCUUCGUGCCCUCCGUACCGGUGUCAUGGGGAUGGUGUCGCUGAAUCGCCUCAUGUUCAAGCACAAGGAGCGGAGGCGUCGCAGGCGAGUCCGCAAUGGAUUGAUUACUUCAGUGUCACAAGAAAAUGAAUCACUCUGCCAAGAAAUUGAUCAAUCUCAGAGUGGUGAAAUGUCGAGAUAUUCAGGGCCAGACCUUCCUGAGGAUAUCUGGUGCCAUAUACAUUCCCUGUUGCCACUCCGAGAUUCUGCCCGUUCUGCUUGUGUAUCUUACACAUUUCUACAUUCUUGGAGGCGCUACCCCAAGCUCACAUUCACUGAGGAAGCACUGGGCUUGAAACAAAUGGAAGGCCAAAAGACAGGAGUGGAUUUCACUAACAGAGUUGACCACAUUCUGAAAAAUCACUCUGGCACUGGCGUGAAGAUACUCAAGCUUGCAGUCCCUCUUUAUCGCAAUGUCAGCAGCUGUCAUCUCACUAGUUGGCUCCAGAAUGCUAUCACACCAGGGAUUGAAGAAGUAAAUCUUACACUGCAUUCAGAAUAUAUGGAAGAGUACAACUUCCCAUGCUCAAUUUUACAUAAUGGGUGUGGGAACUCAAUUCUUUAUCUUCGCCUUACCUACUGCGCCUUCCGGCCCACAAGCGGAUCUGAUUGCUUGAGAAGCCUGACAAAACUAGAUCUGUACAAAGUGUCUAUUACAGGGGAUGAGUUAGGGUGUCUUAUUUCCAAUACUUUUGCUUUGGAGAAGUUGAUGCUCGGACAAUGCAAUGAGCUAAUUUGUCUAAAAAUACCAUUCUGGCUGGAGCGGCUCAGCUUCGUGUAUUUGACUUGGUGCAGAAUGCUGCAAGUGAUAGAGAGUGCAGCUCCAAACCUCUCCACUUUUAAGUUAAUUGGUGACCCGGUACAAAUGUCAUUUGGAAUAUCAUCACAAGUGAAGAACCUAAAUGUGGGCUUUUCAUUUAAGCCCAACAUUCUUAGUUAUGCUAUUACCAAGCUCCCUUCUGUUUUUCCACAUCUUGAAACUCUUAUCUUAUCUUCGAUGAGUGAGAUGAUUGAUACACCAAUGGUAGCUGACAAAUUCCUCCACCUCAAGCACUUGAAGAUUUUUCUUUCUAUCCUUUAUGACAGCUGGUCCCCAGCCUAUGAUUUUUUGUCACUGGUUUCGUUUCUGGAUGCUUCUCCUCAACUGGAGACUUUCCUUUUAAGUAUUAGACAUCUGGGUGAUAUGGAGCAUGAUUCUGGGGAUGACGCACACAUGAGGCAGAUUCCUAAGUACAAGCAUUGCAGGCUCAGGAAGGUGCGCAUCAAUGGAUUCUUCUCUGCAAAGGGCAUGGUUGAGCUAACAUGUCAUAUUCUGGAGGUAGCAACAUCACUUGAAAGUCUGACGGUGGACACUGUAUAUAAUGAGGAGGAGGAUGAUAAAAUUAGUAGGUGUGCUGUUAAGAAAAGCGGUGAAUGCUGGUCCAUCAGCAGGGAUUGGAUCUUAGAAGCACAUAAAGCGGUUGGGGUCAUCAAAAGGUACAUCCUGGAAAGAGUUCCCUCUACAGUUAAGAUAAAUGUUGGGGAGCCUUGUAGACGGUGUCAUUCUAUAGAUGUGAUAGCAUCCAAUAUUUAACUGUGCAAUGUUGCAUAUGUUAUAAUCACUUUGUUAUUUGGGUAGUGUCCAGUAUUUAACUGUGCAGUGUUGCGUGUGUCA